UUCUCUCUAUAUUUCCCCAAUAACACACCACGUCACAACCCAGAAGUCCAAACCCUCUGAUGGGAUAUUCAAUGUCCACCACGUCGCCGUUUCACCACUUCUCCGCCCCUUUUCACGCCCGGCACUGCACCGUCAAAAAUGGCGCGAUCCCCUUCCCUUCUCUCUCCUCCUCCGCAAUGCCGCUCCUUCAAAGCCCUCGACUCUCUCUUCUCCGCCUCCCUCAAAACGCACCGCUUCACCACACCUCUGAACGCUCCUCCUGCAGACCCUCACCGACAACUCGCGAUGUAAAGGCCCGAGCAUCGCUCCCAGAGCCGCCCUCCUCCACCUCCUCCACCUCCACCUUUACAAAACGCGUCGUUUUGAGCUCCGCAUUGACCAUAGCUCUGGCCGUCGCCAACCGCGUGUUCUACAAGCUGGCCCUCGUCCCCAUGAAAAACCACCCUUUCUUCUUGGCCCAAUUCACAACCUUCGGCUACGUGGUGAUUUAUUUUUCGAUAUUGGUCGUACGGUACCGUUCUGGGGUUGUUACUGACGAAAUGAUAGGUCUUCCCAAGUCACGGUUUGCCGCCAUUGGUGCCCUAGAAGCCCUUGGAGUUGCUUCUGGAAUGGCUGCUGCAGCCAUGCUUCCCGGACCGGCCAUACCCAUAUUGAGUCAGACGUUUUUGGUGUGGCAGCUGAGUUUUUCUGCCCUUCUCUUGGGGAGAACAUACACAUUUAAUCAGAUUGUUGGCUGCAUACUCGUAGCUACAGGUGUAGAGCACUGUUUCAAGGUACCUUGAUCCAUUCUUCCACAG